AUGCGGUUUGAGGAGGCAAUCAAGCUGCUCAUCGUCGCUAGGGUCAAGGAAUUAGAGGGGAGGGUCCCGUCGCGUCGGGUCUCCUUCGCCGGGAGCGACGGCGAGAACAUCUGGCAUGAUUUCGACAACCGGGAGGAGGCUCUGGCCGGUGAUAUGCGCGAGUUGAAGUUGGUCGAGGACGCCAUGGAUGUUGAUAAGGAGAACAAUUCUUGUUUCGUGGUGCGGGACAGGGCGCCGGUGAAGUCGCGUGAAGGCGGGGUUGAGAAGAUGGAGGGUAUAGUGCUGGCGUCCAAAGCGGCAUCAGAGCCACGCAAGCACGAGAUACAGCGACAGAUCUUGUCGGCAUAUCAUGACAGCACAGAUGCUUUUUGCUGGGACGAUAAGGAGUUGUGGGAUGAGAGGUUUAGGCGGUGA